AUGGACAACAUGGAAAGGAUCCAGGAGGAGAACCAGAAGAUCAAGGUCAUACACCUGCGUCAGGAAUCCAGAAUCAGUCAACUUGGUGGUGAGAUCAACGCCAUUACGAUCCAGAACGAUAUCCUCCAAGACAACCUCACCGCUCUGAAUGCCAACGUCGAUCAGUGGGAGAAAUACGCAGCCGAAGAGACAGCAAAGGUGAAGGAGCACAACGUGUAUAUCGACUACCAGGAGAAAGUCUUGGAAAGAAAAAAGACCAAGAUCGGACAGCUCAGAGGCCGCCUGACGAGAAGCAAAGGUAUAAACCAAGAUCUCCAAGAGCGCAACGACUACCUCGAGGAACGUCUGGCGACCAAGAAGAUCAAGUCGCAGGCUUUCAAGGCCGAGCAAAAGGAGCUCAAGCGAAGCAAGAAGGAUCUAGAGCGAUCCAUUCGUUGUCUUGACGAACAGCUCGAAGAAGAUCAAACCGAGAUACUGGGUCUGCUCAAGAAGAAUAUCAAGUACAAGAAGCUCAUCAAGUUGCAUGAACAACAGCUGUUCGAUGCCGGUCUGAGAUGA